GUGACAACUUCCUUAGCAACGGCACCUCGCGUCUGUUAGUCAUUUUUAGCAUGUAUGUUCUGGUUUUCGUUCGAGAUGCUUAUCCGUUCUGAUAAUAUUAAAACUUCUGUUAAUCGCGUUAUCUAGGAAAUGUUUCAAUAUUGUCGCCUAAAUUCUUGACGCAUUUUUGUGCGUGCCAGGACAUGCUGUACUAUUAUCAUGGGUUAUCCAUUAUUCCCCUGUGUAGGUUUCCUCAUUGUGUUCUAUUCUGGCGCCACUUUGGCUCAAGAAACAUUCACAGAGUCUUUUAACAUUAACUCUCAGACCGCUGCUCCAGACACCAACGUUACCACGGAAGAGUUCACUCCUGAAAACGGCACUGUGCCCACCACGACGACCACCGUAGUCUCUAAAAUUACUGACGCUCCAGCUGUCCCGUCUUUGGACGCACAGGUUUGUUUGUGCAAUUUGACCCCUGACUUCUGUGAUAUUGGCUGCUGUUGUGACACAGAAGAUUGUGGUGUUGCCAACCUAAGCACAGUAUUUACUGGAUGUCCUCAAAAAGCAAUAUCUGGAGUUUGUGUUGAGAAGUGGCUAAUAUUUCGAGCAAAUGUAGAUUCAUCUCUUGUGACUGUAACUGACUCCUUAUUUUGUGUCCAGCCUGCAGAAAAGUCAGUGUCCACUACAGAGACUGCCCCUAACUACCCUCCCUUGGGGGAUUCUUACCACUUCGCACCACCAGACCAAAUAAUAACAACUUUCACCAGAGAUUUUUACCGGGUUGACGAUCUGAUACUCACAUACUUCCCCAAGACAUCAGCUCGGUUCGUCCUUCGUCAGCCAUGCCCUGGUCCUGCAUCUGCUUUGUGCACUAAUCGCAACCCUGCAAAGUUUUUGAGGUCAUCGUCUUUUUCCUGCUCUCGUGAAGUAACUUCUCAGUCCUGCAUGAUAGACCCCACUCUCAAUGCCCAGUCCUACAUCUAUGACCUGAAUCUGAUUAAGCAUCCCAUUUUUGAAACUGAUCUAGUAACUGGCCUACUGAUACCUGUCAUUCCAUCAUCAAAAUGGAAUACACCGAGAAAACAAAACAACUCUUGUGUUGAUGUGGUCAAAAGGGUGGAAUUUGUAAUUGGAUACACAGAGAGAGGUGAAAUCUCAUCUGCAAAAGUUAAUAUUGUGUUAGCAAAUUUGACUCUCAAACAGCUGCUGCUGCAGACACAUACAGUGCAAUUUCAGCUAAUUCCACAAACACCUCCAGUAUCCACAGAACCAAUACCUGCUGUUGGACUCAAAUCAGGCUCUCCUGUCAUUGGACGCUAUCAUGUGGAUGUGAAGCCUCUCACUGUUAUUGGAGUGUCCCAAAAUGGUGGAUGCUCUGAUUCAAACACAAGGAUGCCUAUUCUGUUUGGGCACAACUCAAUAAGCGGUUGUUCAUUUACUUCGAUGGUUAACAACUGUUCAGAUUUGCGCACCCAGAUUUAUGACAUCCAUCGCGGAGUUGCUAUUCCAGAUUUAGUUGCCAUGAACUCGGGGUCUCAACCGGACUGGACAAGAGUCCUUAGUGAAGAAUGUCUUGUAGCUUCACAGGAGUUUGGUGACACAGGCUGCAUGCUUCCACACACACUAUCUAUCCGAGUGCUUUGGGCUCGACAGGGGCUUCUUGAACUACCUCAAGACUACAUCCUGGGUGUCAAAUACAUGUUCCAUUGUAGUAUCUUUAAGUGUCCUCUCACAACCCCCAUCGCUCUGUCCAAUGAAGUGACUUUUGUUGACACCAGCCUUUACCCCAAACCCCCUCAAGGUGCACCGCAGCUUCAGUGGAGGUUUCCCUUCGGUUUCUUCAGUCGAGGCGUAGAUGAAGUAGAUGGUCAUAUUCUUUCAAAAAGCAGUGGAUCUCUGAACAUAACAUGGAUCUUCAUUGUAUUCACAAUAUGGUUUAUAAAAUGCUUAAUCUCAUAGACAUAGCAAAAAUUAUACUUGGAAAAAUGAAACUGUUGUUUGUACAUUUGUUCAUUGAGGUAUUAGUAAAAUUAUUUUGUAAUGUUUCAUAAGAAUGUAACAGUAAUUUAUUUUGUACAUUUUUGAAUACAUCACAUUAUUACAA